ACACCGCCCCCUCACCGCCGCUCUCCCGCCAUGAAGCAGCUCCACAAGUCCCCCACCCACGCGCCCUCGCCGGCGCACGCGCCGGCGUCCAAGGCCUCCAAGCCGGCGCGCCCGGGGCCGCGCACCUGGGUGGGCUACCUCCUCCGCGAGCAGCGCCUGCUCUUCGUCCUCCUCGGCGCGCUCAUCGCCACCUCCUUCUUCCUCCUCCGCCCCUACCUCUUCUCCCUCUCGCCCUCCGCCGUCUCCGACCACAGCCCCAUCUUCUCCUUCGCCGCCCGCUCGUCCGCGCCCCGCGUGCCCGCGGGCUUCCGCCCGCCGCCCCACCGCGUCGUCGUCACCGGCGGGGCGGGCUUCGUCGGCAGCCACCUCGUCGACAGGCUGCUGGAGCAGGGCCACAGCGUCAUCGUCGUCGACAACUUCUUCACGGGCAGGAAGGAGAACGUCGCGCACCACCUGCGCAACCCCAGGUUCGAGCUGCUCCGCCACGACGUCGUCGAGCCCAUCCUUCUCGAGGUCGACCGGAUCUACCACCUUGCGUGCCCCGCCUCGCCCGUGCACUACAAGUUCAACCCCAUCAAGACCAUCAAGACAAAUGUCAUGGGAACAUUGAAUAUGCUGGGUUUGGCAAAGCGGAUUGGCGCAAGGUUCUUGUUGACUAGCACAAGUGAAGUUUAUGGUGACCCACUUGAGCAUCCACAGAAGGAGACUUACUGGGGGCAUGUUAAUCCUAUAGGUGUUAGGAGUUGUUAUGAUGAGGGAAAAAGAACAGCAGAGACUUUGACCAUGGACUAUCAUCGUGGUGGCGGUGUUGCGGUACGCAUUGCUCGCAUCUUCAAUACGUAUGGCCCUCGUAUGUGCCUAGAUGAUGGACGUGUGGUUAGCAAUUUUGUUGCUCAGGCACUGCGCAGACAACCAAUGACAGUUUAUGGUGAUGGAAAGCAGACUCGAAGUUUUCAGUAUGUUUCUGAUCUGGUUGCUGGAUUGAUGGCUCUGAUGGAGAGUGAUCAUAUUGGUCCUUUUAAUCUGGGAAACCCAGGAGAGUUCACCAUGUUGGAACUUGCAGAGGUAGUGAAGCAAACAAUCGACCCAAUGUCGACAAUUGAAUUCAAGCCCAAUACAGCUGAUGAUCCCCAUAUGAGAAAACCAGAUAUUACCAAGGCCAAGCAACUGCUGGGUUGGGAGCCCAAGGUCUCUCUCAAGGAAGGUCUUCCCUUAAUGGUGACGGAUUUCCGUCAAAGGCUCUUGGACGAGUAAACAAAGCAAAGUGUUUGCCAGCUGUGGAUCGAUGCAGCAACAUAUGUUUGUAUACACGAUAAAAGUUGUAGAAUCGUCUAAAUUUGUUUCCUUCUUGGAUGAGAGUGGACAGAAGUAGUCAACUAGUUUUGUCCAGAUUUGGAAGUUUAGAGGUGCAGGGAAAGAUAGGGGAAAAGGGUUGUAUUUCAGGAGCUAUUGGGUUCAACUUGAGACAUUCAGUUAACUCCUAACUGUAAAAUGAAUACUUUGAUUUCAGUGAAAUGUAAUGGGUUGAGCUUGCA